CUGCCACCACAACAUCGUGUAGUUUUCAGCCCGAGCAACAAAUACAAGUUGCAAACGCCAACUGUUUGGAAAAAGAUUAAUUUAUUAAAUAAAAGCUUAUAAAAUUCAACAGAAAUGGCCGCUAAAGUAGCUAGCAACACAAGCAAGGUAUUUCAAAAUCACGACGAUGUCCACAUUUCCUUUGAGGAUCAGCAGCGUAUCAAUCGUUUUGCCAAGCAUAAUGUGCGCAUGGACAACUUGAAAAUGGAGCUAGAGAUGAAGAAGAAUGAUCUCAAAUGCGUAGAGGAGGCAUUGGAAGAAAUCGAACUGUUCGAUGAGGAUGAAGAUAUUCCUAUUUUGAUUGGCGAAGUGUUUCUCUCACACAAGCUGGGCAAAACACAAGAACUGCUAGCCGAGACGAAAGAAGAAGCAAUCAAGGAAAUUGCAAGCAUUGAAGCUAAGGCAAAGGUCAUCAAGGCGGAGAUGGAUGAUCUUAAGGCCCACCUUUACCAGCGUUUCGGCAGCAACAUCUCCCUCGAGAACGACGACUAAAGAUCAAAUCGCAUGAAACUGUUUCAUUAAAAUAUAUGUACUAAAUUUAAUUUAAAUUCCGAGCAUGAUAUAUUCGUUUUACUA